AUGGUUGAUCCCCAUGGAUUUCAGAACCGUCCCGUGGUGUUAUCAGUUUUUGUCGAAGGUGGGCAUAGUAGUACUAAAAAUGUCUGUUUGGAUCCUGAUGUGGAAGGUAGGUCUCGCAAAAGAGUAGAAGGAUUGCAGUGUCCUAAUGUGAGAAGUGAUGGGUGGUUGGAGAUUGAGAUGGGGGAGUUCUUCAAUUCAGGCAUAGAGAAUGAAGAAGUUCAGAUGAAGGUUUUGGAGACGGGUGGUCAUUGGAAGAGAGGUCUCUUUGUUGAAGGAAUAGAAGUUAGGCCUAAGUAA